CAACCCGAAUAACUGCAGAUGCCCGCAACCAAGCAACGACUGUCUGUCUUUGCUUCCACCUCUCUAGCUUCCACCUCUCUAUCUCUCUCUUCCUCUGGCAGGUGCACUGAGAUAAUAUCUGCCCUCUAUUUUUGGAUUUCGUCGAACCCCCUCAACCUUUUCAGCUUUUGUUGUGAUUUAAGUUUUCAAAUCCAAACCGGUUGUCUCGUUUAUGUUUGAUAACGGUCAAACAGCUCUUAGGCAACAGCCUCAACCGACCAGAUUAUCACUUCUUAAUGGAAGACAUUUUCUCUCUCGCUCCGGGGCGCUUUUUCGCAUCUAUUUUGGGUCCGUAUUUCCAUCGACGAAGGAGGGACCCUCAGUGAAUGAAACGGGGGCAGAAAGCGCGUCAGGCUCUGUUUAUAUAGGUUAUCAGCGGGAACGGAAGCCGCUUUAACCGCUUCUGGUGCCACAGUGGAUGCCGAUAGUGGGUAGUUUUUUUUAAAUUCUGAAUCAGCAAUCCUUCAAGAAGGAAAGUCGAUACAUGGAUACAUGGAUCCCAGAAGAAUAGUGGAUUAAUUAGACGGUUGUAUUUGCUCCACAAGUAAGACACUCUGUCCCCCUUAGAGCUCUUUGUCUUAACCAGUCAAAGAGCCUCUACCCAUUUUACCCAGUCUGUCUGCAGAGCCUGAUCAGACAUCAUGGGAACAGUACUAUCGCUCUCUCCGAGCUACCGUAAAGCUGCUCUCUUUGAGGAUGGCCCAGCCACAGUGGGCCACUAUACAGCUGUCCAAAACAGCAAGAACGCCAAGGAGGCUGCAACAGCUAAGUCCCUCAAACGCCCCUCCAUCAUUGGCGCUUUGCCAUGGAAACGGAUUGUUGCUGUAUCAGCAAAGAGGAAGGGUUCCAAGAAGCUUCAAUCAGAAGUUGGGGAUAGCGGGAAAGGGAGGUCUCCAGAAGGCCAUGCAGCCACCACAACCAACUCAGCCUCCAACAGCUUAAAGUUAAAGAAGUCUCAGUCCUGUGCUAACCUCACGUCAUGCUCAUCCGGUCAGGACCCCUCAGCUACCACUACCACUACCUCCUCCCACAUGCCCACCUCCAAGACCGUUGCAAACGUAGCUGCCGUAAUCGCCAAAAAUAAUUCCCUCACAGGACCUGAAAUCCAGCCUUCCACUGCUGCUGGUACACCAAAACGUAUCAUCGUCCAGGCUUCCACCAGUGAACUGAUGCGUAGCCUUGGGGAGUUCCUCUGCCGUCGCUGUUACAGACUGAAGCACUUGUCCCCGACAGAUCCAGUGCUGUGGCUGCGCAGCGUGGACCGCUCCCUGCUCCUGCAGGGCUGGCAGGAUCAGGGCUUCAUCACUCCAGCCAACGUGGUCUUCCUCUACAUGCUGUGCCGGGAUGUGGUCUCUUCCGAGGUGGCCUCGGAGCGUGAGCUUCAGGCCUCGCUGCUCACCUGCCUCUAUCUUUCCUACUCCUACAUGGGCAAUGAGAUCUCCUAUCCCCUAAAGCCCUUCCUGGUAGAAGCAGAGAAGGAAGCCUUCUGGGAUCGCUGCCUGGAGAUCAUCAACCGGAUGAGUGGCAAGAUGCUUCAGAUCAACACUGACCCGCACUUCUUCACCCAGAGACCUCGGCUGCCAGACCCCAGUUCCCACCUCUAUUUCCACCGCUCAGUGCUUUCAACAGCAACAUGGACAAAGAGUCUUACCCUUCACCUGCCCUGCAUGCUGCUUUGUGUUGGACACGCCACACCUCAACAUGCAAAUAAGACUGAGGGGAGGUUUUGCUGAACUACUGAAACAGUUCAAGCUCCGGAGGGUGAUACAUCUGUUGCUGCAGGGUAAUGGAUAAAAGUUGGGUUCAAAGGUUAGUGAUACUAAUUUCCACAAGAACAUCCCGUAAACUCAUAGAAGUCAAAGUGAAAACAAAUACCUUGUUUUUCUAGGUUUCUGUGAUUUUAGAGACAUUGAUAGAGCGACAAUGAAUGUGGUAUUAUUUCAUUUGGAGUCUUGGAAAAUUGUUAAAAUCUUAAAGGUUUGCCAAAACCGAUCAAUCUUUCCUUUCCCCUGCAGUGAUUUUGUAAUAGUUAUACCUUAUUACAUUGAGUUCACUAUUUAGCUGACUUUACAUUGCAGGUAAUUUAUUUCUAAUUGACCUAAUGUAGGCCUAUUUUACAUGCAAAAAGGAAAUACUGUGCUGAAAGGCUUUAGUUAUACCAAAUAGCCAAAUAUCUUAACCAUAUUGUUCUUGGAUUGUGGAGUUGGUAACUCUUGGCAUAUUAACUAUCAUAUGAUAAAACAUAGAUUUGCACUGUUUAACUGCUUUACAUGUAAUGUAAUGUAGUGACAGGAAUUCAAUGUGAAGUCAUGCUAGCAGGUUUACUAAAGCAUCCUCCCAAAAGAGAGCAACAUUUUCCCAUUGACUAACACCCCAAACACACAGAGUAAGUUCAACAAAGUAAACAUGAGAGGCACCACACACUAAUGUGUUGGGCAUUUGAAUUAAAUGGCAAAUGCUCGCACGACUGUAGCUUAGUUAGCCACACAAGCUAGUUAGCCAAUUGCUUACUAGUGCUAAUUUUCUCAUGAAAUUCUAUUAAUAUCAUUUCAGUUUAAGUUUCUUGGUUUGUAUGUCAUGAAAUCAGUCACUAAUCAUGAUAAUCACACUGGACAUGUUACAGUGUUUUCAUCCAUAAAAUGUAAUGACAACUUGUACUACUUAUAACAGUUAGCCGUUAAGAGUAGGUUCUCAGUUCCCACUUGUUUUCCAACUCUCAGCUGGAAUAUAUAUUUAAAUUCGGGGUGACAUCCUUUCCAGAUUUUUGACCUCAGAGAUAAAUGGACCGUAACAGUAUAUCCUAUAUACUGUUAUAUCCUAUAUAUAUAAUCGCAUUCUUUAACACAACCAUGUAAAUGUCAGAGUAAGAUUUUAGUCAGGCAAGAGUGUUGAUGUGUUAUUCCAUGAAACAAAGAAAAUUAUCCCAGCUGCUCCCAGAUGUGAGGGAACAUUGACUUUAGAGGCUUAAGGUAAAAAAAAAACAUCUUUAAGGAAUAAAAGUGUGUCUUGGCUAUAUCUGCCCAUGUUCAUGCUUUCAUCAAUGAUAAAUUCAUUACAAUGUGCCAUAUUUUAUCUUGCGACACGCACAAGACAAACACUAUUGUGUGAGUUUCUAAUAUGUUGAAGUUGGUACAGAUGUACUCCCUUUUAAUUUGUGACUCAUGUUGUGUAAAGAAAAAUCUUUGUUGAACAAAAGUCAAGGCUACUAGUGUUUCUAGAGUGCUAAUACUGCAAUAUGUAACUAUGUGGAUGUAUGAAUAUGUAUGUGAGAAAUAAGAAUUAUUUGAUCAACCAUUACAAUGACUUUAUAUAAAAAUCUUUCCAAGCA